GUGCACUGAUUGUGUGUGUGUGUGUGUGGGUGUGGGUGUGUGGUGUCCUGGCUGUGUUUCCUCUUCUACACUCUUGGUGGUUUCAUUUACCUUCCUCACUCAACACUAAGGCAGCUGAGAGCUCACGACGUUAAACCCCCUCGUCUUGGUUUAUGGGAAGUCAUAGUUUUUGAAGAUGGAAAAAGGGCAACCACCACAAGAUUCGGCUCCACCUUACCCCGGCCCACCAGCGGACUAUGGGGCUCCAGCAGGGCCAGGGAUGUACCCGCAGCCUGGCUAUGGACCUUCACCUACCGGACCACCGCCCGCUGCAUACCAGGGAGGUGUCCCUUAUGCAGCAGUUCCAGCUACAGCAGCAGUGACGAUGGUAGUAUCACCGCAACUACAGGACGUUGCAGGCCAGACGGUGUGCCCUCACUGCCAGCAGUCAGUGAUCACCCAUACAGAGCACAAACCUGGACUGAUGACCUGGGCCAUCUGCGGCGGCCUCGCCAUUUUUGGCUGUUUCUUGUGCUGCUGUAUCCCAUUCUGCGUGGAAGCCUGUCAAGAUGUGGAGCAUCGCUGUCCAAACUGCCAGAAAGUCAUCUACUUAUACAAGCGACUUUAAGACUGUCUUGACUGUGAAUUACAGGAAAAAUGUACCAUGCAUAUUACAAAAAAAUUGUAACCCAUUAUUACGUGGUAUGUAGUGAUUUUACAGCUGAUCAGAAUAUUCUGUUUACUGACUGCAGUUAUCCCCUCAUCAUCAAUGUAUGGCAUUAAGUGUUACCUGCUUCUUUGUCCUGAGAGAAAUGACAAUGCAUGCAUACCGUAAAAGUGUGGUGCAGGCUUUGUAAUUGAAGGACAAUACUUAGUAGCUAGUAAAAUAUGUUAUUUGUUCAGCAAUUGUUAUAUGGCUGAUUAUAUGAAUAAAAAUGUACACACAUUUUUAAA